GCGAGGGUGAGGACUGACCAUUAUUGCUCGACGUGUCGGACGGGGCAUCGGCAUCGUCAUGGCCAAUCUUGCGAGGUACGCGACGAGCGGCGAAGGACUUCUUCAUGGUGCAUGUGUAUGUGUGAUGGACGAUGGCUGAUGGCUGAGCUGGUGUUCCGUGUUUGAUUUUCGGGCAUGACGCGCGGGGACUUUCCACACGCGCAAGCCGUCGCAAUGCCGUGCCCUGCGCUUUCGUCGUCUAGACUUUGGACGUCUUCCAAUCCAUCACUUUCUCGACUGAUACAUCUUCGCGCGAUCAUGCCCCAAGCACAGCCAGAGCUGAAGAAGUACCUCGACCGUCGCCUGUUCGUCCAGCUCAAUGGCAGUCGCAAGGUCAUUGGCGUCCUUCGCGGCUACGACGUCUUCUUGAACAUCGUCUUGGAUGAUGCCGUCGAGGAGAAGGCUGGCGGCGAGAAGGUCCGAAUUGGCCAAGUCGUCAUCCGCGGCAACUCAGUUGUCAUGUUGGAAGCUCUGGAACGCAUGGACGAACACGACCGCCGAUGAGCCCAUCUCUCUCCCAGACCCAUCUGCAGCCCCCGACCGUGAUUCGACACACACACAGACGUUCGCU